UACAAAUCCUCUUAACAUUGGAUUUCCUUGGAUAUCUCUCCCGGGAGGCUUCCAAAGUUUACUGUGAUAGGUAUUGUGUACAUACCUUACAGUACUGCUUACAUCCUUCAGGGGCAGUGGUCAAUUGCUGCCCCGCUAUGCCGAGCCGCUAGCGCUAAGCUCGCUGCUGCAGUGCCUGUCACCAGCGCAAGGUUCAUGCUCAUAACAGUGUCUACCUGAACUCCUGUCGAGAUGGCCGUUCCAACACGAUCAGAAACGGUCCUUGACUUCUUCGAGGACUCUCUCUUCACUCUUAUCCUACCACGUCUCACUUGAAGUCCGAUAUCAGCUUCGAGAUGACGUCCAUUUCGGCCAUCGCUGGUUCGCUCAGCGAGCACCACAGAGCCCGGCUCCAGGAAGUGGCCGAGGGCAUGCUGAAAAUUUACCGCACCCUCGAGCGCAUGCAAUUUCUGCACCCCUCCUGGAUCAUUCCCGGCCCGCACGAUGUUGACGCGCUGAUCCCCAUGUACCGCUCCCACGGGCUCGACGACCGCAUCAUCUACCUCUACAGCAUCCUGCCCUACGUCGAGUCGCCGUCCCAGUACGAACUCUUCUUCCAGGGCAGCAGGUUUGCCGAUUUCCGCCAGGAGGAGGUCGUGAGCGAUGCCCGCCACGCGUUUUGUGGCGAAGAACAUGAGCAGUGCCUGCUGCCCUGGAUGACGACCCUCUGUGUAGAGGGCAACCACCAGACUGUCAUCGUGUACAAUGCCAAGACGCACUGGAUUGCCAUGUUUGACCAGGAGUGGGGGGGAAGCACUGAUCACGCCUUUUCGGGCAAGUGGGAGCGGGCUAUUAGCGUUAAGAAUCAGGACGGUGGGGGACGGGAAGAGCAGACAGAUGAGGGAGAUAAAGAGGAGGGAGAUGAAGGGGAAGGAGCUGGAAGGGAUUGCAGAGUUCAUGGUUCUCUUGAGAGCCCGGGGAAUAAUGAGAACAGUGUCGAAGCUGAAGUUGACGGGCAAGAGGAGGAUCAAAACGACAACGGUGACGACGAGAAGGGCGAGGAAGACGAGGAUUACGACGAGGAGGAGGAUUGCGACGAUGACGAAGAGAAUGAAGACGAGGAAGAGGAAGGAAGCUAUUGGUGGAGCGUGGAAGGAGACGGCCGUUCGGCUCCGGAUGUGCUUCGCGACAUGGUGACAUGGUACGAGGAGCUAGUCGAGACCCCAGGAGGCAGUGGAGGAGAUACGCCACCACAAUGGGGAGGAGAUUGGGUUAGGCAAGUCUACUGCAAGCACGGCUGGCCCCAAGACAGUUUCGAUGGGGAGGCCUUCUUGGUGGACUUGGUGAGGGCCUGGAUCGCCAACGAAGUGAGGGAAAAGGUGGAAAAGCCCAUUACUGAUGUUCAACGUUACAAAUCAGUCAUCCAGAGCCGAAGGGAGCAUGGGAUGAAGGACGCCCAAGACAUGCUGAAGUAUGCUCAGACAGUUGACCGACAGUGGCUCGCACGUUGGAAGAUCCGAGAGCUCGAACGGACAACUCGAGAGGAUGAAAACCGUCUCCGCGAGGCAGAGAAGAGAAUGGAACAUUUCUGUCCAGGCGGCAAGAUCAAGAACCCAGAAGAUUUGCCAUUGCUAGAGCUCCGUGCUCUUGAAAAAGAGGUGGAAUUUAGAGAGUCGUACCAGCUCACGAGGAAACAAUAUGCCAAGGACUCGGAAGCCACGGAGAAAGCAGUGGCUCAAAAGAUGAGAAUAGAACUGGAUCAUGGCGAGCGUAAGAUACGUAUAUACGAAAAGGCAUAUGAGGCUGCACGACGUGACGCUGAGCGGCUCUGUCCCGGACGUUCCCUCCCUCCCGAAGAAGAGCCGAAGCCCCUGUCGGACAUGGAAUGGGCACGGAUGAGGAACAGUGACUUAACCGAGUCAAUCAAUGGGUUGACCGAGGCAAUCAAGGGCUAUAAGGAGUGGAUGGCCCAGCUGCCAGAGGAAGCCAUCCAAACGAGGAGCUUGGUCCAGGCUUAUCUGAGCAGAGACGAGGAAAGACUCGAAGUGUAUGUCGGACAGCGGAAUGAGGUCGGAAAGCAGAUGGAGGAUGAAUGAACCCGCGACGCUCAGUCGAGCUUCUGCUGGUAAAGAGCUGGAAUCGACUGAAGUUUUGGAAGUUCAGCAGCGGCGCCCAGGAGACUGCAGGAAGUUCAUUUCUGGCUUCCUUGGAAAACUGGGAGACCUGGUGUAUCUUAGGUUAAGGUAUAUUACCAGUGGAGACAUGGCUGAAUUCGACGAUCUGCAGUGAUGGUGAAGGACGGCAGUCCGGACUCCGGAGCAGGUUGACGAGGAGCCAGGGCUCUCCGACUGAGGGGCAGCACGGCUAUUCGAGCUAGUUCCAAAGUCUCCAACGCUGUGCGUGGAAAUAUUUUAACGAGUGGAAGUCUGGACAUAACAAACGGAC